GUAUGGGGUUGAGCGUUAAGUCCUCUGCUGCUGUUCUGCUCUGCAUCCUCCUGCGGGUUUCUCAGUCAUGGGCACCAUGUCUAUACCCCAUCAAUCAAUUUAAUGGUUCUGAAGACAUCUUAGCAGAUGGUUACCCAGAAUACGAAAUACAGAAUGUCAAUGGUAAGAGGAUGGAGAUUUCAUGGCAUGCAAAAAAAAAUUUUCCAGGCAGGAACAUGACGAUGUCUUAUAAGUUUGAUGAACAAGAAGAGAAGCAGUGCAUUGAAUAUUUGCAUGACCAAGGAUACAAUAGUGGAUGUCUGUUUCCUACUGAAGGGAAAUAUCUGCACAUUUACAUUAGGAAUCCAAAUCAGACAGAGGAGGCUUACUUUGAUGAACAAGAGAGCAGCAAUUUGUUGAAGCCCAACCCACCUGAACACGUUACUUUCCAAUGGGCAGAUGACAAAGUAACUGUACAGUGCAAGGGAGUUGACAAGGAACAUUGUUUUCGCUUUGAACUUCAGUACAAAAGCCAACUUGACAAAGAUUGGCAGUCUAGGGACCAAGAAUGUUGUGAGAUUAAAGACCAAGGAUUUGAUCCAGCGAAAUGCUAUUCCUUUCGAUUCAGGCUGAAUCACAGUUGCAGUGUAUUUGCUUAUUCCAGUGAAUGGGGAGCAGAAACACAUUGGAAAAAUGGCAGCUCUGUAGAUUCCUGUGAUAUAGAUGUCUUUGAACCCGAAUCAAUUACGAUAAUCCCUUUGACUUUGGUGAUGGCUGGCAUCCUGGUAAUAUUUGCCCUUCUGUGGUGUGUUUGCAGAUGGGAAAGAAUUAGGAAGAUCCUAGUGCCUGCUGUACCAGACCCCAAAUAUCUAUAUUCUGAUUUGUUCAGCGAUCAUAAUGGGAACUUUCAGGAAUGGAUUAGCAAGACAGAAAAUGUGCUGGUUCAAACAAAGAUAAAAUAUGAUGAUGAUGAUGAUGAAGAAGAAGAAUGUGCAAUUGAAGAGGAAGAAGGAAAAGAUUUCCAGGGAGCCAAAGUAUAAGCCAGAGGCAAUCAAGAAGAUACUGAAGGGGUCCAACGUGU